AUGGACACGCUUGAGAAUGGAUCAAACAAGUCCAACUUUGCGAGUGACUUUAGUUCAUUGGUUGUGCUGCCUCCGGCUCCAACUUGUUGCGGCCCCUCCGAUGACAUCCUGGAUGGCAUCUACGGUCUCGCAGCCUUUGGCAAUGAAUUCUGGUACGAUCAUGUACCCAAGCGCACCUCGCGUCUACGAGUGUUCGUGGCCAAGCACAAGCCUGCGGACCCAGGCAACAAUCCGACGCGAGUUCGGCUCACCCUGCGCGCGCUGACUUCGUCAGAUCGAAGCACCCGUGAGCACCGCGACGUGAACCGCGUAUCGCGUCGUGAACCGAGUCGAGGAUCUGCCGUGCCUGAUGAUACUUGUCUCCUGCUUCCGAUCAACCGUCGUGGCCAGGAACCAUGCCUGCUAGACGUCGCACACACAAAUUGGUCCGAUCUGCUUCCAGCUCGCGUGCAGGACUGGGUGGACAAGACUUACGGACGCCCGGACCGCAACCGUCGCUGUAAUGACACCAUCAACCGCGAGAAAACAGAGUACGAGCUGGACGUGACCACGGUCGCCAAGUCAGACGGUGCGGAGGUGCUGCUCGAAGAUCAGACUGCGACGCCGCCAUCGCUGAUCAAGCCAAACGGCGAGCAGCUGCACGUAUCGGAGGGUUGGGAGUAUCACACCAGAGCGAUAUCUCCUAUCACCCUCAUCCUGCUCAAUGCGGAUUUCGCCCCGUUCGUUGAUCUCUACCGUAAACAUCACUUCAUGUGUGCGUAG